CUGUGUCUGUGUGUUUUUGUCUCUUGAACUGCUUCCGUCGUCGUUUGCUGCAGCAACUCUUGCAGCCGCCUUCUCUACACUACAACUAGACUGCUAGACAGUCUGACGCAACGAUCAACUACCACAACUGUUGAGACCAAUUCGAAUAAAACGACCAUAGCUACGAUCCUUUCAAUAUCGAAAUCGAAACCAACUACAUAAACGUCCAAAAUGUCUCUUGCUCGAGCCUUCACCAAGCGCGUCAAGCGUACCACUGAAGAAGUCCAUCUUCCCAUGCGUUCGGCCACGACUCGUCGACCGGGCUCAGCUGGCAACCAGCAGACUCUGCGACACAAGAUUUCUCUCCCCGUCCAGCUCAUCUCGACGACCAACAUGCUCUCGUUCAACGCACCCGACAUUGCCAGCGGCAGCCCGACCACUCCAUCUGGCUCUUCUUCUUCUGCAGCGUCGGUCAAUGACGAGGACAGCUACUCGGACAAUAGCUCUCGUCCCGGAUAUACCACGCCCAUUUCGUCCCCGGAGCCGUCUUCGCACGAUGCCUCUCCCGUGGGGCCCGAGCCAAACCAUCUGUCCUGCUACUUUGCGUCGCCCACGAGCUCUCCCAAGAAGGCCAAGUCCAUCCACCGCAGCAAGAUCUCUACGUCUUCUGACCUAGACGGCAUCCCUGCCAUUCCACGCCGCGCCAUGUCCCACACCAAGGCAACUCACACGGCUAUUGCCCGUCACCGGUCCAUCUCCCAGCACCGCUCGCACAGCAGCCUCGACCAGGCCGCGGCCCGUGACUCGCUCGACAUGUUCUCCACGGCGUCGUACGACAACAACCCUUUUAGCCGUGAGCUCGAGCAGGUGAAUGAAGUCGCUGAAGAAUUUGGCGUGCGCGACAGCGUCGUCGACGAAGACGCCCGGAUCUUCCAGCAAAAGGGUCUCUGCAAGUACGCGGCCGAGGAAUACAUGUUUGAAAUUGGCGGCCUGUAUGGCGGUGUCUUUGACGAUAAAGCCAUGGCUCCUGCCUGGAUUUAGUUCUCAACAUGCAAUGAACAACGGGACCGGUUCCUGUUUCAUUGCUAAAGACACCACUCGCGUCGAUCAUCUCGCUGCCCUUUUUCUUCUUCCUUCCACUUUUACUUUGGAGAGUCUUUUCUUCCUUUUGUUUCGACAACUGUCCAUAUUUUUCUUUUCCCUUCGUGGACG